GGCCCUGCCGCCGCUCCCCGCCCCGCCCAGCUCUGUCCCCGCAGCCUCGCGGGCUGCCGGGCUUUGUGGUUCGCCCGUGCGGCUGGGCCCCAGCUGGGGGUGUCGUUACGAGCAUGUGCAGACAGCAGCCCAAGCCUUCAGGAUAAUUCCUUCAGCAGCACCGCUGUAACAGAGUGUGACGAAGACACAGCCUCCCUACAUGAAGACCAGACUGAUUGCUCCAGUAUCAGAGAUGAAGACAAUAAAGAAAACUACCCCGACGCCAGGGCUCUCCUAGAGGAGCCCGCGCCGCCGUCGCCUCCGCAGCAUGUAGAGCAGCCCGUGCAGGUGGACGGCGUGCUGCGACCCAGCAUGGGCAACUUCAAGUCCCGGAAGCCCAAGACCCUGCUCAAGGCGGAGAGCGGGAGGAGCCACGGAGAAAGUCAGGAGACAGAGCACGUGGUACCCAGCCAGCCAGAGUGUCGGGGGAGAACAGGAACGCCAGCUCACGAGAGUCCGCAAAACCACUCCUUCAGGUGCCAAGAAACAGUACGAGUUCAACAAAGAAUCGACCAGAGGGCUGCCAUUUGGUCAAAGGAUGCUUUUGAGACUCAUCAAGACUUAAAUGAAGAAGAAGCUGCUCAGGUGCACGGACUCAAGGACCCAACCCCAGUGUCGACCCAGAGUGCGCCUGCGGAAGGCGCAGAUGCUGCAGGCAACAAGAGGGAUGAGAUUAAAUUGGAAUUCCUCACAGGGGUGCCUGGCUGGCUCAACCCUGCACCAGUCCACAAAGAUGGGCAGAAUGAAGCAGACAGUACACCAGAAGACCUCCAGUCCGUUGGGACUAGUAGGCUGCUCUGUCACAUCACUGAUGGUGACAACCCACUGUUGUCACCACGAUGCUCUAUCUUCAGCCAAAGCCAGAGAUUCAACUUAGACCCUGAAUCAGCCCCUUCUCCACCCAGCACUCAGCAGUUUAUGAUGCCCCGGAGUUCUUCACGGAGCAGCUGUGGUGAUGGCAAGGAGCCACAGACCAUUACCCAGCUCACCAAGCACAUCCAGAGCCUCAAGCGAAAAAUUCGGAAAUUCGAAGAAAAAUUUGAACAAGAAAAGAAAUACCGGCCUUCACAUGGUGACAAGACUUCUAAUCCUGAAGUCCUGAAAUGGAUGAAUGAUCUGGCUAAAGGUCGUAAACAACUCAAAGAACUAAAGCUGAAGCUCUCAGAAGAACAAGGGGUUGCUCCCAAAGGCCCACCUAGAAACCUGUCCUGUGAGCAACCUGCAGUCCCCAGAGAGAAUGGGAAGCCAGAAGCUGUGGGUCCUGAGCCAUGCUCCUCUGGAGAGGAGACUCCAGAUGCUGUGCUGACAUGCCUGAAGGAGAAAAGAGAGCAGCUUCCUGCUCAGGAGGAUUCUAAGGUAGCUAAGCAAGACAAGAACCUCAUAAAACCUCUUUAUGACCGAUACAGGAUUAUCAAGCAAAUCUUGUCAACACCUUCCCUUAUUCCAACAAUUCAGGAGGAAGAAGACUCUGAUGAAGACUGUCCACAGGGAAGCCAACAACCUUCUUUGCCAGCUCCAGUGUCUCACCUUCCUGUUGGCGACCACCUCACCUUCUCUGAGACUGAGCCUGUUACGGUCCUGCUUCCAGAUGAAAAAAAAGAAAUCAAACCACCAGCCCUAUCCAUGUCCAAUUUACAUGAGGCCACUAUGCCUGUACUUCUUGACCAUCUCCGAGAAACUAGGGCUGACAAGAAGAGACUUCGGAAAGCCUUAAGAGACUUUGAAGAACAGUUUUUUAAACAAACGGGAAGAAGUCCACAAAAGGAAGAUAGGAUACCAAUGGCAGAUGAGUACUAUGAAUACAAGCACAUAAAAGCCAAACUGAGACUACUGGAAGUCCUCAUCAGCAAGCAAGAUAUGGCCAAAACAAUCUGAGGUUCAGUAAAUGUUUGUGCUCACUUUCAACCAAGAUAAGGUCAAGUUUAUUUUUCUCUGCCAUUCUUGCAAAGUAGUUUUGAUAUAUUGAAAAUUGAAGCACUUUAGUGGUAGUAUUAGUUAUUUUUAGGAAGAGAUGGUAAAUGUAACUAUCAAUGAGGAAGGAGGAUUUAAAUGGGGGGAUAUAUAACAACUAACAGUAUAAUUGGAAAAAAAUUUCAGUCUCCUCCAUGCUGAGCAGAAAAUGCACAGUCAGUAUAAUUAUUUCAAAAAACAUCUUAUUUUUUUUUUUUAAUCUAAGUAAUACUUGUCCAAUGGGCCACUUAUUAGGGAAAGUCUAUUUAGUGUCCAGUGUUUGGAAAAGAGCAUGAUUUUUAAGAAAUCAGUAAGAGGAGGAGAAGAAACUCUUCUUUUUUAUGUAGGAAGGAAUACAGCUAGUAAGAAUGUAAUUUAUUCAAACUUCUAAUAGAUUUUUAAAUGAUAAAAAAAUCUACCUUGCCCUUAAGUCCACUAGGCUAUUCAGUAAAGCAUACUAGAAUGUGUCACUGCUAAUUUUUUAUUUCUAUAUAAAAAUAGCACAUUAUUUUAUCUGUUAUUUGAAAUUUUACAUUUCUGGUUACCAAAGUUCAUUCUGAUAGCAUGUACUUUGUGAAUUAUCUUUGUCUAUAAUUGACAGAUGUUUAUAUUAAAAUAUUGUAUUAAAAUUUGAAAAUAGGUAUUUUGGAUAGAUCUGUGGUCUGCAGUAUAUAAUCUAAUGUGAUCAUAGUUAUGACUGCUAAUCUCUUUGUUUACUAUAAGAGUAUAUAACUAUUUUUCCAUUGGGAAUAUGCAUUUUUCUUAAUGUUCCAAGGUCUAUACAUACUUUGUAAAAUCACAAAGCUUUCUCAUGAGUUGUAGGUAUUCUUCGUUCUGUACAAAAUGAAAGGUUUGGAAAUUGUUAAGACACCUUGGAAAAGAAGCCAGAAGGUUUUAUUUGCUUCAUCAACUUUACUGCAUAUAGUUUUGUGUUAUUUUGUACUAAAACACACAUUUAUUAUUUUUGCCUUUGUAAAAAUAAGUAAAAGGUCCACAUUUUCUCUCUUGUACCCAACCAUGUUUGUAUUUCUGUUAUCUGUAAUGUUUAAGCAUGAUGUUGAACAAAUUCACAUUUUCAUAUAGUUUGGAUGGGAAGAAUACUGACUUUCAAAGAAGCAGAGUAUUUCAGAGGCUUAUUGUUUUCUCUGUAUUUACCUGAUAUUUUAUAACUUUUAUGAAUCAGAAUGAUGUCCUUCAUAAAUUUGUUUAAUUGAAGUCAUCUACUUGUAACAGGACAGAUACACAACUAUUUGAAGUUUACAAACUACAUCUUUGAUAAGGGAAAUGGUUUCAUGACAUGUAUACAAUUGCUAUUAAAAUGUAACUAUAUAUUCUAUAUGAUUGUAAAUAUUUUAUACAAUACAAAUAAAAUAUUUUUCUAUUAUAUUUA